AUGCACGGCAAAAUCGCCCUCGAAGAAGCCUGGGCCAUCCCCGACUCCUUCACCCACUACGACCCCUCCACGCUCGCGCCACCCGGCGUCAUCGGCGGCAGCGGCGGCCUGCACGCCGCGCUGCUCGACGUCUCGGGCACGCGCCUCGCGCAGAUGGACGCCAACGGCAUCGACCUGAUGGUCCUCUCGCACACCUCGCCCGGCGCCCAAGGCGUCGCCGACCCCUCCGCCGCCGCGGCCCUCGCGCGGCGCGCCAACGACGCGCUCGCGGACGCCGUGCUCCAAGCUCCCCCUGGCCGCUUCGCCGCGUUCGUGGCGCUGAGCAUGCAUGAUCCCGGUGAGGCGGCGGAGGAGCUGCGGCGGUGUUGGAGGAAGAAGGCGUUCGUGGGGUGUCUGUUGAAUGAUUUUCAGUCGGUGCGGGACGCGGAGGGGAACGAGCAGAUGCUUUUUUUUGAUGCGCCGCGGUACGAUGUGUUCUGGAGAGUGGCAGAGGAGCUGGGCUGCCCCGUGUACCUGCAUCCGCGCGCGGCGACGCCGCUGGUGCGCGAGCAGGAGUGGGCGGGCCGCCCGUGGUUGGAGUUCUCGGCGCUGGGAUACGCGAAUCGCGUCAGCGUGCAUGUGCUGGGCAUCGUGUGUGCGGGGGUGCUGGAUCGGUUUCCGGGGUUGAAGAUUGUGAUUGGGCAUAUGGGGGAGCAUAUCCCGUACGAUCUGUACCGCAUCGACCACAAGCUCAACCGCGCCCGUUUUCCGGACAUGCCGAUGCGCAAGGACCGGCUCGUUCGCGAUUACUUUGGCACGCAGCUGUUCAUCACCACGUCCGGCCACUUCUCGACGCCAGCCCUGCUGUGUGCCAUGCAGGAGAUUGGGUCGCACAGCAUCAUGUUUUCCAUUGACUAUCCCUAUGAGAGUAUACCUAAUGGUUGCGUGUGGUUUGACGAGUACGUUCCCAUCAGUUCAAGAGAUCUGGUAGACAUUGGCCGGAACAACGCAUUGAAGGUCUUGCCGAGAUUGACGGAAGAGCCGCAUGGCUUAAAGGAGAAGGGACCGAGAGAUUGCGGAGUCGGGGGUUUAGGGUUGAGGAAAGGUUACGAGAGAGAGGUAGAACAUGGCUUGUACAAUCGAGACUGGAGCGAGAGAACGGCAAGGCGGUAA